AUGGGUAUCGAUCUUAAGAAGCACCACGUGCGCAGCACGCACCGCAAGGCCCCCAAGAGCGACAAUGUCUACCUCAAGCUCUUGGUGAAGCUCUACCGCUUCCUGGCUCGCAGGACCGACUCCAGCUUCAACAAGGUUGUCCUCCGCCGCCUCUUUAUGUCGCGCACCAACCGCCCUCCCGUCUCCCUGUCGCGCAUCGCAGGCAACCUGAAGAACGGCAACGAGAAGAAGACCGUUGUUGUUGUCGGCACCGUCACCGACGACAACCGCUUGGUUGAGUGCCCCAAGGCCCAGGUCGCUGCCCUGCGCUUCACCGCCACCGCCCGUGCCCGCAUCAUUGCUGCCGGCGGCCAGGCCAUCACCCUCGACCAGCUGGCUCUUGAGAAGCCCACUGGUGCCAACACCCUUCUCCUCCGUGGCCCCAAGAACGCCCGCGAGGCUUUCAAGCACUUCGGCUUCGGUCCCCACAAGCACAAGAAGCCUUACGUCCAGUCCAAGGGCCGCAAGUUCGAGAAGGCCCGUGGUCGCAGACGAUCGCGUGGUUUCAAGGUCUAA